CGUUCCAACGCAGCAGCUCGUACAAAGGCAGUUGCCCAAGAAAAAACAUUCGCAUUCGGAUUCGGGUUAGCCCACAUUCAUAAACGGAACAGCAAAGCGAACCGGCGGGCGGCAAUAAUAUAAAAUGGAAGACGAUGAGAAAAUGGACAUUAUGCGCAAGGCAUUCCAGAUGUUCGAUACACAAAAGUCGGGCUUUAUCGAGACCCUGCGACUAAAGACCAUACUGAACAGCAUGGGUCAAAUGUUCGAGGAGAGCGAACUGCAGGAUCUGAUCGAUGAGAACGAUCCCGAGGAUACGGGCAAGGUGAAUUUCGAUGGCUUCUGCAGCAUCGCUGCCCACUUUCUCGAGGAGGAGGACGCCGAGGCCAUACAGAAGGAGCUGAAGGAGGCGUUCCGUUUGUACGAUCGCGAGGGCAACGGUUACAUAACGACAUCCACGCUCAAGGAGAUCCUGGCCGCCCUGGACGACAAGCUGUCCUCCAGCGAUCUGGACGGCAUCAUUGCCGAAAUCGAUACCGACGGCUCGGGCACCGUCGAUUUUGAUGAGUUCAUGGAAAUGAUGACGGGCGAUUGAUUCUUAUUGGCGGCGACUCUGAAAGACAAUGAAAUGUCCUUUUUAUUUAUUUUUGCUGAUACAAGUUUUUCAUUAUUUCUAAAUAAAUUAACUA